AUGGCGUCAGAUCAUAAGCUCAUCACCAUCUUUGGAGGCACAGGCAACCAGGGUGGGUCAGUCGCUCAUUCGCUGCUUCAGAACUUGGCCUUUCGAGUCCGUGUUAUUACUCGAAACCCUCAAUCCGAUGCCAGCCAAAAGCUUGCUGCCCAGGGUGCGGAGAUUGUACAAGGGAAUGGGUGGAGCAGUGAAGACAUGCUGUCAGCAUUUAGCGACUCCUGGGGAGCAUUCGUAAACAUCAAUUCGGAUGAUAAGGCUUUUGCCGCCGAGAAUGGCACAACAGAGUUCGAUAUGGGCAAGGUUAUUGUCGACGCCGCGGCCCAAGCUGGUGUGAAGCAUCUUGUCUUCAGCUCGGGCCCUCCUUGCACAGAAAUGACCAAAGGCCAAGUGCGAAUGAAGGCAAUGGACAUGAAGUAUAAGAUCGAACAGUAUGCAAGGAAGUUGGGUUUAUUUGAGACCUUGGUCCCCAUUGGUGCUGGGUGGUUUCUUGAGAAUUUUCUUGGCAAAGAGGUUGCGCCCAUCUUCGGAGGAUUUCCUCAUUAUGUUGACGAUGAGGGAUACCUCACCUUCCGGGUACCCUACUGGGGUGGUGAUGAAAAUGUUCCAUGGUUGAGCAUCUCAGAUGACUUUGGAGAUAUUGUCCAGGGGAUCUUUCUCGAUCCUAGUCGAUGGAACGGACGUCUUGUGCACGGUGUCAGCGAUAUUCGAACCUUUGCGCAAAUGGUAUCCGACUUUGCGGCUGUUACAGGACAGAAAGCUCGGUUUCAACCCAUCUUACCAUCGUGGGAGGCAUUUGAUACGCAUGAUAUCCCCGAAUUGGAGGAUGUCAAACUCAUGUUUGGCUUCACACAGCUGACAGGCGGUCGAUACUUUGGGCCGGAGCCCACGGAUGGAGAAGCCGCGAGUCAACUGAAGCGACUUACAGCUUCAACCUUGGGUCGACCACUGGAUAAGCGCAAUUUGAUCUCUACGCGUGACUGGUUUGCUGCAAGGUUUGCCAACUAG